AUGUUUUGCCGGCCAUGGCGGGCACCAUGCUUUCCAAUCAUUUUUCGUUCCUCUACGACCUGUGGUGAUUCCUUGAAGGCGGUAUCUUCGGGCAACCUUGAUGUGGAGCAGGGCUUUCACGGCAUCAACUUGUCAUACCCUGGGCUUCAGCUUGUGAGGAGAUGCCCUCACAUUUUCUUGGUCCAGAACUUCUUCAGCCCGAGUGAAUGCCAGCGGCUUCGUCAGAAGGCUUGUCACGAGCAUGACAGCAUGAAGCCCGCAGGUGUUUUCAGUCCGGAUGGCCACAAGCGAUCGCCACGUCGCACAAGCUCUCAAUGCAUAUGUCCCCAGUCUGAAGUGCCGUCGCUUAUCCAAAAGAUUGUCGCUCUCUUGCAUUGCAAACGGCGACAGCUGGAAGCUUGUCAAAUCAUUCGAUACCAGGAAGGUGAGUUCUUCAAGCUCCACGGGGAUUUUAGCACCAGCGGAACGAGAUCCAGUGCGGGUUUCAUUGACAGCUCUCGCUUGGCGACGCUCUUCGUUUAUUUGAACGACAUCAGCCAAGGAGGCGAAACGGAAUUUCCGAAUGCUUCGCCACCUCUGAAAAUCUCACCGGAGCAAGGUUUGGCUGUGGUCCACUUCCCUGCGCGCCUCGACCGCCACUCCGAUGCCCAGCGCACAAGGCACCAAAGCCUGCCUGCUGUUGAUGAGAAGUGGAUAUUUGCCACCUGGCUGUGGAGUGAAGAGCGCUCCAGUGAUGCCAGAGCUUUGCAAGAAAUUGGCCGCGGCUACACGCACGUGUGGCCGGAAUCCUAUGACAUGUUGAGCCCGGAUGUGAUUUGA